AUGGCUUUCAGCUGCCUCUGCUUCGCAAGACCGAAAGAGCCGGUGGAUCGUACCUCUCAGGCCCCCAGGAAUCACAAGCGGGAAGAGUGCGAGUCUGAAACCUCUGGUGCGCAGCGCAAUACCAAGGAGAUGGCGCGAGCGGAGAGCGAAAAGGCUACUAGUAGUUGGGAGCAAGCACAGAAGUACAAGACCGACAAGAAAUCGCGGAAGGCGGAAGAGAAGCGCACUCUCAACUAUUACAGCGGAGGUUUGGCACGAGGCUUUGAUCCAAAUGCUGGCAUGGUUCGAUCUGGCCGGGACUGUCCUAGUGUUGCUAUUGGAACACGCAUGUCAGUCAACAACGUUGAAAGCGCGCCUGAUUCGACAGAUCAGAGACCGGUUCGAGGCCAGACUUGGGGGGUUCAGUUCGGAAACCCGAGCAACCACGUUAGACUUGGACAUGAGGAUAGCCAGGGCACCAGCAGCAAGCACAGACAGAGCGAUGAUGUCGCAGGCUAA